AUGGACAACAAGACCCAUUUUACAAUCUACACUCUGAUGGAACCAAGAGGUUCUAAAUCUUAUAGGCAUAUAUAUUUUACAUGUUUUUUGCUUCUUUAUGCUUUGAUACUGGUGAUUAACAUUUGGCUCAGUGUGGUCAUUGCUUUGGAGAGAGCCCUUCAUAAACCAAUGUACAUUUUUCUAUGCAAUUUAUGUAUAAAUUAUUUAUAUGGAGCAACAGGAUUUUAUCCUAAAUUCCUGCAUGAUUUAAUUCUGGAUUUAUAUGUGAUUCCUUCUUUUAUGUGCAGCCUCCAAGCUUUUGUGAUCUACAGUUCAGCUAUGUGUGAGUGCACAACAUUAACAGUGAUGGCAUUUGACAGACAUGUGGCCAUAUGUCAACCUUUGGACUAUCACUCAAAACUGACUAAAAAUAAAUGUGGCAUAUUACUCGUAUUCUGUUGGACUGUACCAUUUAUUUCUAUGUUCAUUGGAGUUGUGUUGUCAAAUAGGUUGGCUGUGUGUAAAUAUCAUAUUGACAAAUUAUACUGUGACAACUGGUCAAUAGUAAAGCUCUCAUGUGAAUCAGUGGUUAUUAAUAACCUCAUGGCAUUAAUUGUUUCAUUAUUUUAUAUUUGUCUUACAGUUCUGAUUAUUGUGUCUUAUAUAAAACUUGUUGUUGCAUGUAAAGCAUCUCUAGAAAACAGAAGAAAAUUUUGGCAGACAUGUGGACCACAUUUAUUUUCAUUGAUUAAUUGUGGCUUUACUAUAUUUUUUGAUGCCAUGUGCAAUAGAUAUGGCUCAAGUGAUGUCCCACAGAAUGUGUAUGUUGCUUUUGCCUUACUGAUGCUUAUACUGCCGCCUCUUUUCAAUCCUUUAGUCUAUGUAUUAAAACUCAAAGAGGUGCGUAAAAAAGGUUUAAAAUCAUGUGUAAAUAUCAUACAAUAA